AUGAACUACCUUCGCCGGCGCCUGUCAGACAGCAGCUUCGUGGCCAACCUCCCCAACGGCUACAUGAUGGACCUGCAGAGGCCGACGCCGCCGGGUUCGUCCACUUCAUCUCCCGCCUCGCCGGCCACAGAGAGGCGGCAGCCCCCGAGCCUCCCGACCCAGCCUCAGGGCUCCGGAUCGGGCCCCGGCUCCGGAUCGGGCCCCGGCUCUGGCUCCGGCACCGGCGCCGGCACCGGGAGCUUCCUCAGCUCCUUCUCCAGCGUGGUGAAGAGCGCUCAGAUGGCCCAGAACGUCGCCGCCGCCGCGCACGCCAAGUCGGCGGCGGCGUCCGCAGCCGAAGGCGCCUCUGCAGGAGGAAGUCAGCCGGCCAAGCCCGUGAUCCGCAAACCCAAGAUCCUGCUGGUGAUCGACGACCAGCACACAGACUGGGCGAAGUAUUUCAGAGGAAAGAAGCUGAACGGAGAGUACGAGAUCCGAGUGGAGCAGGCGGAGUUCUCGGAGAUCAACCUGGCCUCCUACGUCAACUCUGGCUGUAUGGUGGACAUGCAGGUGAACAAAGGUGGCACCAAAGUGGUCAGGUCCUUCAAGCCGGACUUCGUCCUGAUCCGCCAGCACGCCUACAGCAUGAUUCCCGGCGAGGACUUCCGGAACCUCGUGAUCGGGCUGCAUUUCGGCGGCGUCCCGAGCAUCAACUCCCUCUUCUCCAUCUACAACUUCUGCAGCAAACCUUGGGUGUUUUCUCAGAUGAUUAAGCUCUACCACUCCCUCGGCCCGGAGAAAUUCCCCCUGAACGAACAGACCUUCUAUCCCAACCACACGCAGAUGGUUACAACUCCUUCCUACCCUGUGGUUGUCAAGAUGGGCCACGCCCACGCCGGCAUGGGAAAGAUUAAAGUCGAAAACCAACAGGACUUCCAGGACAUCACCAGCGUGGUGGCUCUGGCCGGGACCUACGCCACCACCGAGCCCUACGUCCAGUCCAAGUACGACAUCCGCAUCCAGAAGAUCGGCAGCAACUACAAGGCCUACAUGAGAACGUCUAUUUCUGGUAACUGGAAGGCCAACACGGGGUCAGCCAUGUUGGAACAGAUCGCGAUGACCGACAGAUAUCGGAUGUGGGUGGACUCCUGCGCCGAGAUGUUUGGUGGCCUCGACAUCUGCGCUGUGAAGGCCGUCCACGGAAAAGACGGCAACGACUAUAUCAUCGAGGUGAUGGACAGCUCCAUGCCGCUGAUCGGUGAACACGUGGAGGAGGACAAGCAGCUGAUCACCGAGCUGGUCAUCAACAAGAUGGCCCAAGUGCUGCUGGGAGUUUCCACGCCUCAGCCGUCCUCCGUUAAGACCACACAGCCCAGACGAGGGGGACGCUCUGCUUCCGCCUCCCCAUCCCAGUCGGCCCAGGGAUCUCCUCAGAGAGCCCGGUCGGCCACCACCUCCCCCAGCCAGGCCUUCCAGCCCGGACCCAUCCCCGCCUCCUCCGGGCCUGGAGCUCAGAAACAGUCGCCACAGCUGAACAAAUCCCAGUCGCUGACCAACACCUUCACGGAGACGUUACGAGGAAGCCUGACCGACGACGAGGCCAAAGCCGAGACCAUCCGCAGCCUCCGACAGUCCUUCGCCAGCCUCUUCUCCGACUAG